UAUAUGUGUAUAUGUUAUGUAAUUGUUCUCCAUUUGUUCAUAUCAAAGAGAAUUGAAGGAAAUGAAUUUUGAAACUUCACGGUGUGCCACCCUACAGUACUGUCCCGACCCUUACAUCCAGCGGUUUGUAGAAACCCCAGCUCAUUUCUCUUGGAAAGAAAGUUAUUACCGAUCCACCAUGUCCCAGAGCACACAGACAAGUGAAUUCCUCAGUCCAGAGGUUUUUCAGCAUAUCUGGGAUUUUCUGGAACAGCCCAUUUGUUCAGUUCAGCCCAUUGACUUGAACUUUGUGGAUGAACCUUCAGAAAAUGGUGCGACAAACAAGAUUGAGAUUAGCAUGGACUGUAUCCGCAUGCAGGACUCGGACCUGAGUGACCCCAUGUGGAGAGGAUGGUACCAGCCCAAGAUUUUACAGCUGGUAGAGACAGAAUCAGAACCAGAGUCUAGAUCUGAAUUCUUUCCAAAGCACUUUCCACUAUGGCAAAACACCUCUCUCAUGGAAUUAUCUUUCUUUAAUGAAGGAGGAUGA